UUGUCCCACAAACCUCCGCCCCUAUAGUCAUGCUUCAGACAUCGAUGGGCUAUUUUGCGUGCAGUCAGAGGAAGACCUAAUCUAAAAGUAUAUUUCAUUCACUAUUCUAUAAGAAACGUGUCGUUUUAUGUAGACGCAGAGUAAGUGGCUAUACUUCCGCAAUUUGGUGUGUCUCGCUUGUGUCUGCAUGGGAGAAAACCGGGGAGAGUGAGAGGAGAGAAGGUCUGACCCAUUUAGUGAGGCCCUUGCACAGGAGCAGCCAUGACUGAGGGGGAGGGGCACUUCUACAGCAUCCAGGUGGGCGACUCCACCUUCACCGUGCUGAGGAGGUACCAGCAGCUGCGAGCCAUCGGCUCCGGGGCCCAGGGCAUCGUUUGCUCGGCUCUGGACACUGUCCUUGGGAUCCCUGUAGCAGUGAAGAAGCUCAGCCGCCCUUUCCAAAACCAGACUCACGCCAAACGCGCCUACAGGGAGCUGGUGCUCCUCAAGUGUGUCAACCACAAAAAUAUCAUACGUUUGCUAAAUGUGUUCACGCCACAAAAAUCCCUGGAGGAGUUUCAAGACUUGUACCUCGUGAUGGAGCUGAUGGAUGCGAGCCUGUGUCAGGUGAUCCACAUGGACCUGGACCAUGAGAGGAUGUCCUACCUGCUCUACCAAAUCCUCUGUGGCAUUCGACAUCUACACUCUGCAGGCAUCAUCCACAGGGACCUGAAGCCCAGCAAUAUUGUGGUGAAGUCUGACUGCACUUUAAAGAUUUUAGACUUCGGGCUUGCCAGAACCGCCUGCACCAACUUCAUGAUGACCCCUUAUGUAGUGACCAGAUACUACCGAGCACCAGAGGUCAUCCUGGGCAUGAAGUACAAAGAGAAUGUGGAUAUCUGGUCAGUAGGAUGCAUCAUGGGAGAGAUGGUAAAAGGCAGUGUCAUCUUCCAGGGCACAGACCAUAUCGACCAGUGGAAUAAAGUCAUAGAGAUUUUAGGCACCCCCUCCAUGGAGUUCAUGAACCGGCUGAUGGAGACUGUGAGGAACUACGUCAUGAACAAGCCUCAGUAUCCUGGCCUUAGCUUCAGCGAGCUCUUCCCUGACUGGGCCUUCCCCUCUGAAACGGAGCACGACAAACUCAAAACCAGCCAAGCCCGGGACCUGCUGUCCAAGAUGCUGGUGAUCGACCCAGAGUGCCGCAUCUCGGUGCAGGAAGCCCUGAACCACCCCUACAUCCACGUGUGGUACGACCCAGCUGAGGCUGAUGCGCCGCCCCCUCAGAUUUCCGACAAGCAGCUGGAGGAGAGGGAGCAUACCAUUGAACAAUGGAAAGAGUUGAUCUACAAAGAAGUCAUGGACUGGGAAGAGAGGAACAGGAACGGUGUGCUGAAGGAAGAAGGCUCUGAUGGCAUGGUGAACAGCAGCGCCACAGCGUCUCAGUCGUCCUCCAUCAAUGACAUCUCGUCCAUGUCGACGGAGCAGACGCUUGCCUCAGACACGGACAGCAGCUGCGCAGACACCCUCACGGGGGUGCUAGAGGAGUAACCCUCAGCAACCUUUCUCCUCUGUCUUCUGUCUGUCUCUCUCUCUCUCUCUCUCUCUCUCUUGUUGGCUCCUUCUCUGUGUGCCAUGUUAUGGUUUGGACUGAAAAGAUUGAGACGAGUUAUUUCAAGAGAUGUUUCUUUUAGUUUAUGUUUUUUCUUUUCUUUUUGUCUUCCGCUGGAAGGGCUGAGCUGCUGGUUGCUUCUUGUCUUUAUUCAUUUUAGUGUGUUUUAUUGACUUGUUUACUCUCAGCACCGUAUCUCUACGUGAUUUGAAAUGGCAGAAGCUCUAAGGUUGUGUUGCCUUAGAAAUGAAAACAACCAGCCUUUAAGAAAGAAAAAAAAGUAUCUGCGGAAUCGACGUUGGAUUUUUUUUCCAUUGUGCAAUUAUUUUAAAAUCAAACACCAAUGCCUUUUUUCCCCUUCAUCUCUCUCCCCAUGAUAAGUCAGACCUAGGUUUUUAAAGUGUUUUUUACAUUGACAUACACCUGGACAAAUUUCUUGAACGUUAGCUCCAUUCAAGGAACAAUUGUGUAAUCUUCAACUGAUCAAUAUGGUUGUAAUAUUUUGAGUUCAUCUUGAUGAAGUUACAGUCACUGUACAGUUGAUGGCCACCAAAACGAAGCACAGAAGCAGAUAGGCUACUAGUAGUAUAUGCAAUAUGGACAGAAUCCUCUGAGUUUGUGCCAUCAGGAUCAUCUGUGGUGUUCAAAAUUUCCAGCUGCAUGUUAACUUCAAAUGACUUAACACUCUAAAUGCAACAUACUAAGUAUGCCUGUACACAUGUAGAAAAAAGUAGUGCCUGCCUUGUAUAUAGAAAAAGUGCUCGUACAUGUUUUAUGGUCUGCAUUGUCAAGGGCUUGAGGAUAAUGAAUCUCAUGCGUAUAGCCUUUAGUUGUAUUGAUGUAUAUAGGUAUAUAAGUAAAAAAAAAAAAAAAAAUUCUCGUGCUGUGGAAACCAAGUUUUACAGCUUCUCCGAGUGUGCAAAAGCAUAAGUACUGUACAAAAGACAUUUCCAUUUAUUUUGAAGCAAAAUAUAGAUUUGGAAAUGAUGACGGAUGAAUUGGGAUGUGAACAUUAGAUUCACGACGAACUGUUUUAAAGUGAGCUUGCACACUGUUCGAGUAUGCUCAAACAAAAAGACCCGCCUAAGGGACAAACAAGCAAAAGUGACACUGUACAUUUUGAGCACUUUCUUAAUGGACCCUGCUACCCACUGUUGCGGCAGUGGUUCGCCAGUUAAUGGAGAGAGCGGUCAGUUGUCAUGUCUCUUCAUUCUCUUUGAAUACUACGUGUCCUCAGAAUUCUCCUGGAAAACCCUUUGCUGUUUGACCAUCUUUUUUUUUUUUCCCCCUGUUCACCUGCUCGCUCCACCCCUAGCCACCGCACUCAAAGUUAAACUGUACUCCUACAGUGUUUUCAUGCUUUUUAUUACCCGCCAUCCUGUUUGUAAAUAUAAACAUAAAUCACAGAGCCGUAGCCUGUUUUAAAAGAGAGUCCUGUAAACUGUACUUCAGGAAUGCCAGUCAGAUUGAGAGGGUUGGUGUAUCAUGUAGAGGUUAGGCAUCAUGUCCGAGUCCCUCAUUCUGUCUCUCUCUCUCUCUCACUCUGUCUCUCUCUCUUUCACUCUGUCUCUUUGUGUCUCUCUCGUCACUGUUCACCCAUAGGCUGCUGACGGUCAGCUUGUCUCUGAUCGUUGCUACAUAUCAUACAUUAUGUCCAGGCCACCGCUGGACCUCUAAACUUGAACAUGAUUUGAAAAAAGUGUUCAUCUGAUCUUGUUGUGCACUUGAGCAUCAGCCAGAGAGUGACCGGCUUGAGAUGGUCACUGUGUUUGUGUCGGCCAUCCUUCAGGGUAUUGGAGUGGAGGUGUUCAGGAGAGAACUCACGUUUUCAUGAGCUGUACAUUAUUGCAUUUGCCUUAAACAACACCUGAGUAUCACAUCUUAUCCACAUCAAGGUCUAUGUGAUGGAUAGUUUCACUAAGAGGACAAGACUGUUUUAUUUUAUUGGUAUUAUUUGGUCGGACAAGUUUGAUUGUUUACCUUUUUCCAAUAGAAUUUCUGUGUCAAAUUGUAACCCUGCUUCCCAGUUAUUCACAUCGGGCCAUGGAUCUCUUGUGGAUGUGUCUGUGUAUGAUUUCUUUUUUUUUUUUGCUUUCUUUUCAAAUGUCUGCAUGAAAAUACAUUUCAACACAAUAGUGCAUCAGCAUCUAUUGUUUACCAA